UAUGGCUGGAAACAUUCGGCGGGUAGUAUAAAACAACCUCGCGAUAACAAUAUUAAUGGAUCGAAAUCCUGAUCCAGAAUGUAAAAAUGAAGAAAAGAAAAAGAUUUGUUAUAUUCACAGUGAUGACAUUUUACAAAAAUGUAACACAUUGAUGAGAAUACCUAACCGGGCUGAUAUGGUUCACUCAUUGAUUGAAGCUUAUGGUUUAUUGAAUUGCAUGAGUAUUGUAGAACCACGACAAGCUACAGAUGAUGAGUUAUUAGGUUUCCAUGCUACAAAUUAUAUAGAGUUUUUACAUACAUUAGAUGAUUUAUCAGAAGAAGAUAAAUGUGGUGAUGAAGCUGAAGAAUUUGGCCUUGUGUAUGACUGUCCUAUACAAGAUGGAGUUUUCCACUGUGCGUCACUUGUAGGUGGUGCUACUAUUACAGCGGCUGAGAAACUUGUAUCAGGAGAAAGUGAUAUUGCAAUUAACUGGUAUGGUGGCUGGCAUCAUGCUCAUAGAGAUUCAGCUUCAGGUUUCUGUUAUAUAAAUGAUGUGGUAUUAGGGAUAUUAAAGUUGAGGCAAAAGUUUGACCGGGUGCUUUAUAUAGAUUUAGAUUUACACCAUGGAGACGGCGUUGAAGAAGCUUUUUGUUGUACUAAUAAAGUUUUAACACUUUCCUUUCAUAAAUAUUCUCCCGGAUUCUUUCCAGGUACUGGUUCAUGUGAAGAAAGGGGUUAUAGUAAAGGCAAAUAUUAUAGUGUAAAUGUUCCUUUAUUGGAUGGUCUUAAAGAUGAAGAAUUCUAUAGUAUAUUUUAUAGAAUAAUGUGUAAAGUUAAAGAAGUAUUUAAACCAGAAGCUGUUGUAUGUCAGUGUGGAGCAGAUGGUCUAGAAGGUGAUCCCAUGCAGUCUUUCAACUUAUCACCCUCUUCUCUUGGCCAGUGCAUACAAUACAUCAUGUCCUUAAAUAAACCACUGGUUCUACUUGGAGGAGGUGGAUAUAAUUUUAUAAACACUGCUAAAUGUUGGACAUAUUUAACAAGUAUUGCUAUCAAUAGAGAAAUAUCACAUGAUAUACCAGAUCAUAAGUAUUUCUCUAUGUAUGGACCCGACUUUGAUCUGACUGUAUCAGUUGGUAAUAGAAGUGACAGUAAUACUAGAGAAUAUUUACACCAGAUAUAUACAACUGUCAUUGAUAAUCUAGAGAAGAUAGGCAGCUGAUGUUUAUAUAAAUGUAUUCAGAAAUGUUGUUAAAAUUUGUUUAUGUUGUUAAAAUUUGUUAAUAAUUGUACAGUAUAAUAUAAACUGGUAUAUUUAUAAUUGGUUAUAAAAGAUAUUUUUAUUUUUCAAUUAAAUUUGUUUAUAAUUUGUAAUUUUCUCCUUAUAGAUUUAGAUCUAUUUUAUUACAUUUUACAUAAACUUGCCGCACUCUAAUGUCCUAAUACUUGUAAAUCAUUUGCUUUAGGAUAGAAUUCAUAUUGCCUUUUUUCAAUUAUAUUUUUGAAUGAAAAUUCUUUUAUAUGGAGAAUAAUAAGAGUGCAUUAUGUAAGGUAUACAAGGUAAUUUGCACAUAAGUGCUAGAAAGUAUGAUAAUGCCUGGUGUACGAGUAACCCAGUUCAACAUUGUAAACAAUUCAAUUUAAACCCUGCUAGCAUAGUAUUAAACAUAAUAUCAUUGUCAAGACAAACCUAAAGCUGUGAAUUAAUAACUUUACGACAGGGCAUGCACAUUCAGUAAAGGACAUUGCCUUGAACAUUAAAUAUAACUAAGAUACUUUUUAUUGUAUUUUCAAUCCAUUUUGGCACUCAUGGCCUAUUAUUAUGUGACAUUUAAAGUAAAGGUCUGUAAUUUGCAUUUUUAGGAAAAUAUCAAAAAGGGUCCAUUAAUUAGAUUUCGCGAACAUUUUAAGAUGGAGUUUCAUAGCACGUCAAUCUCGAUCGGGCUAUAUUGCGCCAAACAUAUGGUGAAAAAUGAGACAGACUAAAAUAUAUCGCAACAAAAUAAAUUUAGAUGCAUAUAAAACAAAUACAGACGUUUUGAAAUUAAGAAUAAAUAGAACUAUGCAUAUAAAUAUUUAAAAUAGAAAAUAAAAUGAUAGAUAUAUAUAUACAAUUAAAAUGAUAGAUAUAUACAACUAAAAACAAUUAUAACUAGAACUGCGAUGCAGUAAUGACGGGUUUCACCGGUGCCACGUUACCCUAAACAUAUUUCACUUCCGGUACCAAUGAAACCAUUAAACAGGUUUCCACCUAAUCAUUGCACACAUCAAAUAAAAUGGACGUCGAAUCAACCAAAUCCAGCAAUAUCAAUUCAUUUUAUACAUUUGUUACAUGUAAGUGUACAGUACUUCCGGUGAUAAUGAAAAUGUUCAAUUAGUUUUAUGAAAUCAGAAAUGGCAUAAGGCAUCACAUGGUGAAAAUUUUAUGUACGUCGAAUAAUAAUUGCCACUUUUAUAGACCCAAAAGCUUAAAAAGUGACUUGUAGAAAACCGUCUAUUUCUCUGCAACCGUAAAAGUUAGAAACCAUUUUCUGGUAUCUGUAUGAUCGUAUGGGUUCAUUCUAUUUGGUGAUUGGAAUCAAAUAUCAUAAUUUUAAAAACAUAACAACCCAGACUCAUUUGAAUAAAAUAUCUGUUUUGAGGGCUAAAAAUACAGUUUUUGACAAAAUGACGUUACUUCCGGUGAUAAUGAAAAUCUUAAAUUACUUGUAUGAAAUCGUAAAUGGCAUUAGGUAUCACAUAGUGAAAAUUUCAUGAAAAUCGAAUAAUAAUUAACACUUUUAUGGACAAAAAACCUUGAAAAGUGACCUGUUGAAAAUUGCCUAUUCCUCCGCAACUGAACAAGUUAGAAACCAUUUUGUGAUAUCUAUAUGAUCGUAUGGGUUCACUCUAUUAGUUGAUUAGAAUCAAAUAUCAAAAUUUUAAACAAACAACAAAUACGACUCAUUUCAAUAAAUUAUUUGUUUCUAAGGCUAUAAAUACAGUUUUUGCCCAAAUUUCGUCAUUUCCGGUGACAUGGAAAAUGUUAAAUUGAGUUGAACUAGUCACAAUU